UUGAGAAGUGUUUUUUCCGCUUCAAAAUUUUCAGACGAAUACGUAAGAGUUUUCGAACCUGAUGAGCUGUUUUACAAGAUUGAUCUAGGCAAAAUUUUUUCACAUGCAAAAGAAGAAAAGACGGGCUCUAACGACGAGUUUUUGAAGAAGAGGCAGCAGCAAAUUCAUUCGAAUAUUAGACGCUUAAAGAUUUGCAAUACAUUAUUCAUGUCUUCAGCUGUUGUGUUAGUGGUGAUAGACUCGCUUGCUCUUUAUACGCUGUAUUUAAAAAGAAGCAGAAAUCAAGGCGUAACUAGCAUGUAG